AUGUGGGGGAGCCACCUCUGCCUGGUGUCCCCUGCAAUCCUCGUCUUCACGCUCCUGCGUUUCCGUGCAACGUGGCUGCUCCUCAGUCUCGCCCCCCAGGAGGAAGCUUCUGGAGGUGGCUCCCCCCUCAGCACCUACAGCCAGCCCCUCUCCUUCCAGAUAUGCCAGCUGCCUGCAGCCCCUGAGCCCGUGGGCAUCAACAAACGCACAAACAGAAGUGGGAAACUCAGCAGGGCUUGCGGGGACGGCUCGGCUCUGUCUUGCAACUUGGGUCAAGAUGAGUCGGCGGCUGGGAGCCAGGGACUGUCACAGGGCCAACUCAAAAUUCAAUCAAAACGAGGGUGUUUCCAGGUGAGUCACCUGGGGGGCCCACGGCGCAGCCCGCGGUGGCAGGGGUCAGUGGUGGGUAGCCGAGGAAAGCUGGGAACAGAGACGGACACGCAGUGUGAGUGUGGCCACCACCAGCAGCGGCAGACGCGGUGUGCGCCCUCUGCGGAGGCUCACGACACCCGGAGGUGGCAGAGGACUCCAAGCACAACGGGAGGCCGGGUGAGUGUCUUCCGCUCUUGGUCUUUCCACAUACCGUCCUGUUGCCCUGGGGCCCAUGAGCCCUGCUGCCUGCCUGGGCGUCCUCCUGCCUUGGCUGGGCCUGUCCCUGCGCCCGCCCAGGCCUGCCGGGGCAGCCUCGCGGUGGGGAGCCUGGAGUGCUCGCGGAAAUGUCCCUGGAAUCUGGGAAACUUCUCAUCAGCUCAGGGUCAAGCUAACCACAGACCCUGGCCAGGUCGUCCCCAGGGGCUGGCGAGCACCUCCUCAGACUGGACGCCGUCCUCUCUGCCGGAGAUGCAGAAACGUCAAGCGUGUGAGAUGAGGGUCGCCCAGGCCACCUCUGCUGCCUCUCUGUUGCAUCUGAUGACACUUGACAUGCUCCACGCCUGAGCACUGAUCCGGAACCAGAGGCUCCCAGGAGGCCAGGGACAUCUGGCUGCACCGCGUUGGCCUUCGCGGGUGCUUGGACGCAGCCCCAGGGCCGGGCAGUGCUCUGAUCUGCCGGCCGGGCGCCCCGAGAGCCAGAUCCAGCAACUUCAGGACUCAAAUAACUGAAGACCAGGAUCUGGGCUGCCGCGUGGCUCAAGCCGCGAGCCUGAGCCAGGGGCGUUUGUGGGGAGCAGAGUGGGCUGCCAAGGGUUCCCCACUUAGGACACUUGUUCCUGAGCCCCUCGGCGGGCAGGAGGUGGCAUCUGGGGAGGUCCAGUGACCUGCGCAUCAGGGAGCCGCAGAUUGGGUUUGGCCAGGGCCUGCUGCCCGCGCUCCUGGGUGCCCGGCUCACUCCCGCUGCCCGUCGCCUCCCUCUCCAUCCUGGCUCCCGUCUUCCAUUCACGAAUUCAUAUUUGAAAUUCAAAACCUGCAGAUGGGGAGCGAAGGCAGAGGACAGUGCAGACAGCUGCCCAGGCCGGCCUCUCUCGCUGCAGGGACCGGGCCCUCCUUUCCAGAGGCGAAGCCAGCCGUGCCGGGAGCGAGCCGGGUCCUGGAGUGCGUGCAAGACCCUGGUCUCUUCUGACCAGCUCCUCCUAGACCCCAGGCAGCGGCCAGGCCCUGGCCUGCCCUCGCCCCUCCCCCGACAGCCUUUGGAGACUGUGCGCUCCUCCCAAGAGCGCUGCCGCUUUGCCUGAGCCUAGAGCUGCACUGCCCCCUCCUCUUGACCAGAGCCGUCGGCUCUCGGCCUCCAGUGCACACGGGUGGACACGCUGUGUGCCUUUGCCCAGCUUGUCAGUGCCCUGGGCCUGCAUGAUCCCCAGAGGGAGGACAGCUGCUCCCAGGCCAGAGGUGUCAUCUGACUGCCGCCAGGGGACAGUGCCUGCUGGGGGCCCCCAGCGCUCAUUCCCCUGGGGAGACGUUGAGUCCACUUGGCUCCCAGUUGGCUUCAGAAUCCGGCUUUCUCAGCCCCUGGCCCUGGGACUUGAGCCCUUCGCUAGAGACACUAUUAGAAAAAGAAAGAAAAACAGACGACCCUUCAAACACGGCAGGGAGGGCAGAGGGAGCCCGAGACCAGGAGCCCGCUCCUCCGACCCGACCCUCUGCCAGAGCCCCCGAGCGCCGAGUGGUGCCUCCCUGGCAAGACCAGAAGCAGCAGCGGUUGGCAUGAGCCCUGGCCUGCUCAGUCCCCAGGUCACCAGGAGGGGUUGUGUCCCCUCCACUCUCCCACCCAGCCAGGAAGCCAGCUCCCAUCAUUGUCGCUGAGAUUCACAGACGAGAUGGGACGUCACAGGUACUUCGUCCAGAGCAGAACCUGCCUCCCAGGCAAGGCCACUGUGCCCAGUCGGCCGGGCCAGAGCCCAGCCAGACUCGGGAGCUGGGGCCUGAGCCCGCUGUCACUUCCGAGCCUGGCCAUGGCGACCGACCGCGAACCGCCCUGCCGAGCCCACCCCACUCACAUGGUUUGACUGAUCUAAAAAUUAUUUAUAGACCUGAA